UUUUUUUAGUCUUUUGCAUAUUAAGUUAAAUAUGAAAGGAAAUAAUCAACAUUAUAAUAUUUCCAAGGAUUAUAGUAGAAAGCGUAUGCACCAAUCCAACACCAAUGAAAUCAAAGCUAAACAAUCAAAUGUUGGUAACACUGUUGUUACAUCUGAAAACCUACAAGAACAGAGAAAAAACUUGCCAAUAUACUAUGGUCGCAAGGAGUUAAUUAAAGCUGUCAUGCAUAAUGACACAGUUAUAUUAAUGUCUGAAACAGGAAGUGGAAAGACUACACAGCUACCUCAGUAUCUGCUUGAAGCCCAGAUGGCUAGAUUUGGAAUAAUAGUGUGCACACAACCACGAAGAGUUGCUGCUAUAACUGUUGCUGAUCGAGUUGCAAAAGAAAAAAAUACUUCACUUGGUGAUCUAGUUGGAUAUACUGUUCGAUUUGAAGAUGUAACUAGCCCUAAAACAUUAUUAAAAUAUGUCACAGAUGGAAUGCUUCUUCGAGAGUCUCUUCUGGAUUCUUUAUUAACAAAGUAUUCUAUAAUUAUUCUUGAUGAAGCACACGAGCGUUCAAUUCACACAGAUGUUUUGUUUGGAAUUGUGAAACAUGCGCAAUUAAAGCGCAAAGAGAAAAACAUGAAUAAACUUAAAAUAGUUAUCAUGUCUGCUACACUGCAAGCUGAUAAUUUUGUUAAAUAUUUUACAGGAGCUCAUGUUUGUUAUGUAGAAGGAAGGCGUCACCCUAUUAAAAUUUUUUAUACAGAAGAAAUUCAAAAAGAUUAUUUGCAUGCUUCUCUUGUUUCUGCUAUUCAAAUACAUAAAGAAAAUCCUUUAGGUGAAGAUAUAUUGGUUUUUUUAACUGGUCAAGAAGAAAUUGAGAUGUUAGCAAACUUAAUAAAAGAAAUAGGAAUGUUUCUGCCAGAAAGUUUUGGAAAGAUAUUAGUUUGUCCACUUUUUGCUUCACUACCUAAUAAUGAACAGAUUAAAGCAUUUACCAAUCCACCAUUGGGCUACCGUAAAAUAAUUAUUUCAACAAAUAUUGCUGAAACUUCGGUUACCAUUCCUGGAAUCAAACAUGUUGUAGAUUGUGGAAUGGUUAAGGCUAAAACACACAAUCCAACUACAGGACUUGAAGUUCUUAAAGUUCAGCCUAUUUCCAAAGCUCAAGCUCGUCAACGAAGUGGUCGAGCUGGACGAGAGUGUGCUGGAAUUUGUUAUCGAUUAUAUCCUGAGAAAACAUUUGAAGCAUUAGACGACUACACUGUGCCUGAAAUCAAGAGGUGCAAUCUUAGAGGAGUUUUGCUGCAACUGUUAGCACUUGGUUUAAAAGAUGUUAUUAAAUUUGAUUUUAUGGAAUCUCCUCCUCAAUGUGCAAUUGAGUAUGCUUUGAAUCAAUUGGUCAUGUUAGGUGCUGUAGAAUCACUAAAUUCUCAAAAGAUUACAGAAAAAGGUAAAACUAUGUGUGCUUUUCCUCUUGAUCCACCUCUUGCUGCUUGCAUACUUUCUGCUCAUGAAUAUGGAUGCACAGAAGAAGUAAUUACUAUUGUAGCUUUAAUGACAGUAGAAUCUGUUUUUUACAUUCCGCCCAAUCAACGAGAAAGAAGUAAAAAGGUAUUGGCUAAGUUUACUUCAACUGAAGGUGAUCAUAUAUCUAUGCUGCUGUUUUUUAGGGCAUACAAGCAAGCAAAGGGUAAUAUUCAAUGGUGUAUUGAGCAUUUCGUCAAUAUAAAGGCAAUUAAAAAUGUUCUUCAAAUACGUCACCAGCUCCGUGAGUUGAGUUUGCAAUUAAAUCUAAGCAUUAAAAGUUGUGGUGCUGACUACACUUCCGUUAGAAAGGCCUUGUCAUCAGGUUUGUUUAUGAACAGUGCCGAACGUCAAAUAGAUGGUACCUAUCUGACUUUACUUCAAAAACAGUCUGUUAGCAUACACCCUUCUUCCGUGUUGUUUAAUUCAAAGCCAGCUCUUGUUAUAUUUAGUGAAGUUGUGCAUACUUCUAAGAGAUAUAUGAGAGGCUUAAGUAUAGUAGAUCCUAGUUGGUUAAUAAAAACGGGUUUGUUUGACGCUAAUAAGUUAAUACCAAACGCUAUUCAAAGUUAGUUUUUUUUUAUAGGCUAGCUGAUUGUUUUUUUGUUAUUUUUUUUGCGUUAUUAAUGCGUAUAAAAUAACUUGUAAUAAAUUGUAUUGAUUUUCAGAAAAGAAAUUUGAUCAACUUUUUUA